AUGCGAAGCCAGGUGCAGAAAUCGACUGGGCGAAGAGGAAACUCGGCACUGACCGAUCACCAGGACCAGGCCCCUGGUAGGUCUGAGCUCUCUACGAACGAUGAGCCUGAAAGUAAACGACGACGAGUUGCUCUUGCUUGUAAUGUGUGCCGCGGACGGAAGUCUCGUUGUGAUGGCAAGCGUCCUAGUUGCUCACUCUGCAUUGAAUUGGGCUUCGAGUGCCAGUACCAGCAAGGAGCUGGGUUUCAGAAUGUCAUCAUCGGCAAAGACUACCUGAGCUCGAUUGAGUCUCGCUUGAGGCUGGUCGAAGGCCGCCUGUCCCGACUCGAAGGUGGCACCGAGGAUACCAGUCGUGCAGUUACUCCGCUGGAAGCAUCUUCGAAUCCCAGAAAGCAGACCCAGACACAGUCGGAGAUUGCAAGCUUGCAGCGAGAAGAGUUGGAAGCUACUGAGGUGGCAGAGGAUUCAAUCGAUGCAAUGGGCGUGGUCACUUUCGCCCAGGAAGAAGAUUGCGCAUUCUUUGGACCAUCGUCAAACAUUGCCCUUCUAAGACAAGUCUCUGCAGCCAUAGCACACCUCAGUCAUGAGUCGCAGCCAUGGAGGCCGUCGCCAACAGAGGGAAAUUCUGUAGCUGACAUUGCAGGAAGCUUUUUGAAUACAACCCGCCCAUCCUCUCCUGCCCGAGCAUCGUCUGAGACCACGAGGGGAAAACCUAACGUAUUUGCUAUUCCAUCGGGUGAGAAUUGUCGAAAAUUAUUGAAUUGGUUCUUUGGGAAUCCAAACUACAUGUAUCCUUAUAUUCAUGUGUCAAGCUUCAUGAGAACAUUUGAAGCAGCUGAGAAGAAUAAGUUUAAAGGAGUUCGGCGGAUCUGGCUCGCACUCUUGAAUAUCAUCUUUGCACUCGCCAGAGUGCAUGCACGUCAGUCUACCGUGGCCUCUAAAGACCACCCUUCAGUUGAGCUGGGCCCAAUCGCAGAAUCACAGGUUUACUAUCAGAGAGCGUCGGCUCUAUUCAACGAGAACAUGAUUGGCAACACGGGAACCAGCAUAGAGGUCGUUCAAUUCCUCCUGCUGAUUGGAUCUUAUUUACAGUCGACUCAGAAGUCGACUCAAACGUGGAAGAUGCAUGGUCUAGCUGUCAGAGCCGCGUUCCAACUUGGCUUACACUCUCGGGAUCUAGGCAGGCUAUUUUCUCCUACCGAGCAGGAGGUCCGCAAGAGAUCUUGGUUCGGUUGCAUCAUAAACGAGACACUUUUAAGUAUGACAUACGGGCGACCACCAUCAAUUCCAGAGAACUACAUGCAGCUUGAUUUGCCUGUAGCGUUUGCAGCCCUGGAAGGAGAACAAGACGGAUCGGAGGCGGACGAGUCCUUAAGCAUCAGCUUCUUUACAGGCACCAUCACUAUAUACAAGGUAUUACAAGAGAUCAUCGACACGCUGUAUGGGCAAAAUCUGGCUUGCUCCUUACCGACUAACGAUGUGGAUACCGUGUCCAAGGUCUACCAGAUCGAGAACCGACUCUCUCUGUGGCAACAGCAACUACCUACUGAGAUGAGACUGGUGGACGCCCGGGAAAUUUUCGCUCAAGACUUGCCCAUAGCAGAUGGAUCAGCAGAAAACCAUUGGCGGCAAUUACGAUUACGAUUUGUUCUAACAUUGCGCUACAUCAACAUCCGUAUUCUUCUCCAUCGCCCAGUUAUGGUCAAAUUUCUGGAAGAGCUGCGGCAUACAAGUACUGCUUCUCAUCUGCCACUCUUGCUUCAGAUUGGAACCGCGAAUGUCCAGAUUGCUGCGAAGUCCAGCAUGGAACUAAUAUAUUUAGUUAAAAACGCGCUUCGUUACGCCAAUGGACGCUCACAAUGGGGGCUCUUGGGGGCGUGGUGGUAUUCUUUAUAUUACACGUUUAAUGCAGCCUUGGUGAUAGGUGCUUGCAUCUUGAUUCAAGUUGAACAAAAAGGGCUCGUGGCUCAAGCGAGUAUUCGUUUCUCCGAGUCGACUGAGCAAAUGAGCGAACACCUUGGGAUGGCAAUCGAGGUACUCAGAGACUUGGACGAAGACAAUCGUAUGGUUGCACGCUGUCGAGAUUACCUUGAACAGUUUGUGCAGAUCAUUCGUAGCCUAGCAAUUGGGCAUGAGCUUCUACCACAGCCUACCGAUUGGCGUAUGCCAGAUCCACCGAAUACUGGGGCGCCAGAGCUCUUACCUUAUUACGAUGACUACCAUUUGCUCCAGACAUCAAUACUUGGCGGUGCAAACGUAGCUGGGCAAAACAACCAUUCUCCAUUUGGUAUGGAAAUGGGUCAAUUCUUACUGGACAGCGAUCUGAAUGUAUUGAACUAUAAUUCUUUUGCUUAUAGUCGGGCCACAGCACCACACGAUUGA